CCGCACUCUUUCCGUGGGAUACGUGAGUUCUCCCCCUCAUCUGUUUGCAUCAAACCAAUGCUUAAACUCUCUCCCGGGCAGUUGGUUUACCCUGGAUACACGCCUCUGGAUGUUUUUGGGCCAUUUGACUUCCUGCAGAGGGUACGUUGACCCCGUCCGAUACGCGACGCGAUCCGAUAUGUAAUAAAAGUCGAAUGGAUGUUGAAUCUAUUAAACAGGUUUCGAGCACCUAUAACAUGACGCUAUCCACAAUCUCCAAAGUUGCAGGUCCUGUAACUCCUUCCCGAGCAUUUGGCUGGCCCGUCGUCGCUACACACGGAAUCGCAGACGCACCAAAAAUCGACCUGCUAAUGGUACCUGGUGGAAUCUCUCAUGGUAACGAGACAUGGAUGUUUGAGUACAUUGCCAAUGUAUUCGAUCAAACGGAUGUGGUAGCCAGUAUAUGUACCGGGGCAAACAGCCUUGCGAGAGCGGGGGUGUUGGAUGGAAGGCGAGCUACAACAAACAAGCGGGGGUGGAAAGACAAUAUAAUGGCGGGGAACAACGUGACGUGGGUGCCUACGGCGAGGUAUGUGAGGGAUGGGAAGAUUUGGACGAGUUCGGGGGUGGCCGCUGGUAAGUGGUGCGAAAAUUGCUCAUUGUGCCCUGCUUUUCGUGGCGAUUCCGAGAGAUUGUUGGGUUGUUGGAUAUAGUGACUGAUUAGAUUGCAGGUAUGGACAUGACGUACGCACUUUUGAGAUGGAUGUAUGGACGUGAGCAGAUCGAUGUUCAUUUCAACAGCGCAGAGUAUGCACCCCAUGAGGAUCCCAACUGGGACCCAUACUCGAAGUUGUUCAACGUAAGUACAAUCCAGUGAGAUCUCCAUAUAAAAUAGAUGUUAAUAAUUCAGGUGCCGGGAGCGAACUAUACUGGCUCUUUCAAAGAUCUCGUCGGUCCACUUGGUUACAACUGAAGGUAUGGACUU